CUACUCAUACUUGGCCGUGAUUGGUCAAUUUCUUAAAGUUUAGGGCUUAAAUCAUCUAUUGUAGACUUACACGCACAUUGUAAAUGUUCUUUUAAGGUGUGUAUGACAAUUCUAAUAUGUAUAAUUAUCUCGAAAUAUACUAAACAAUUGUAUACUUGAAAAAAAAUUGCCUUAAUGAUACGCGUUUCGUUGAUCUUUGAACAAAUCCGUGCCUUAGCAAAAUUUACGUUAUCAAUAUGAAGCCACUUGGCGAAAUGUGGACAUUGGCUACGUAGUUCAUGUCCACGUUUCCCAAUAGUAUUUCAGAUUCACAUAUAGAAGUUAACGUGGCUGCGUUCCGAUAUUCACUACCAGUACUAAAAAUCUAUACUUUACGUCACGUUCACUACAGAUUUUCACUCUGGCAGUGAAUAUCGGGAUACAGCCGAUAUAUGAAGAGGCUUGCAAUUGGAAAAAAAACCAGAAAUGAAUUUGAAAAGCGCGCCACAGUUUCCCUGUUAAUGUCGGAGGUUGGCCAUACUCUCACUAGAGGUUAGGUACUCUACGUAGCUUCGCGGUGUUGUGCGGGAAGGUUCCCGUGUGGGAUUCCGAGAUUGCCGAGUGACCCGGACGUCUUCUAACGAUAAGUGGGGAAAAUUUUGACAGUGAACACUUGCGCGUAACCCGGCGGAGAGCAAGUUAACGGAGGCCCGAGUUAUUAAAAGCCGAAUAGGCGCCUUGACGAGGUAUCGAAACUAAACGGGGGGCGGAGAGUGAGACGAAAUAGAGUGAAGAGUUUAGUCGCUCUGUACGACCAAAGAAGCCGACGGCGUUUCUGUUAAAGACUUCCGUAAAAAGGUAAACUCAAACGAAGGCUGCGCUGUUCGUCGCUUCGAUCGCUCCUUUCGCAGCGGAAAUGUGAGUGCGAGACGCUCGAUUAUCAUUUAUUGUCCCCCUCGGAUUUCGUGGAAGAGACGCUAGCGUGAGGACAGCGACGAGUGAACUCGGGGAAAAUGGGCGAUAUCAAAUCCUUCUUUCACCAGUGGUGCUCGAGGAACGGGAACGAGCCGCAGUUCGACGUGAGACCGACGGGGCCGAAGCACAGGCAGCGGUUUCUCUGCGAGCUGCGUGUGCCUGGCUUCGACUAUGUCGGCGCGGGCAAUUCGACCAACAAGAAGGACGCGCAAGGGAACGCCGCCAAGGACUACGUCAACUACCUGGUGCGCACGGCUCGCGUGAACCCGAACGACGUGCCGACGGACGCGGCGACGCUGCCGGCGGCGGCGCCGGACGGGGUCGCGAGCGAGGUCGCGGCGCCGGUGAGGCCGGUGUUCCAGAGCGGCAUGGGGCCGAACGACAUCGGCGAGGCGUACAGGCCGUACAAUCCGACCGAUCGCGGCCAGAGCAAUUACACGUACAUGGACAGGCUGGCGGAUCAGAAGAAGGUGGAGGACGCGGAGGACGUUGACGUCAACUCCGGCAUACACGGCAACUGGACGAUAGAAAACGCCAAGUCCAAGCUACAUCAGUUUAUGCAAACUAGCAAAAUUAAUGCCGAUUACAAAUAUACUCCGGUCGGUCCGGAUCAUACGAGGAGUUUCAUGGCAGAGAUGACGCUUCACAUCAAGCAACUUGGACGAAGUAUAACUGGCCGUGAAACUGGAUCGAACAAACAAACAGCUUCGAAAAGCUGCGCUUUGUCCAUUGUCCGCCAGCUGUAUCAUCUAGGCGUUAUCGAAGCAUUUAGUGGUACAUUGAAAAAGAACAAGGAUGCUCAACAGAUGAAACCUUAUCCCGUGAAGAUUUCACCAGAGCUGGAAAGUCAGAUCCACGACGUCCUGAUGAGUUUGGAUAUAAAACCAAUUGAUGUUGAGAUGCCGUCGGUGUCGAAAGAAGGGAAUACCGCGGUGAAAGAGGAAAAUGGUGCGUCAGCCGGCAUAUCUUUGUUGACGAAUAAAGUUUUGGACGACUUCAUAUCUUCUGUGCCACAACCCGCCGGUUUCGUAAGCUGGUCGCCACCGCAGCCGAACUGGAAUCCGUGGACCGGGUGCAACAUAGACGAGGGACCGCUGGCGACAAUAUCUCUGGAUCAGCUGUCGGAGGACUUGAUGAACGAGCAGCGCGAGAAGCUGCAGCAGGAUUCCAGUGUGCAGGCGAUCGUCACUCAGCCGAGACGAAUCUCUGCCGUGUCCGUGGCCGACCGAGUCGCCACCGAGAGAUGCGAGACCUUGGGACAGUCGGUCGGGUACUCCGUGCGGUUCGAGUCGUGCCUGCCGAGACCCUACGCCAGCAUAAUGUUCUGCACCGUCGGCGUACUCCUGAGAAAACUGGAGGGCGGCCUCAGGGGCGUGUCGCACGUCAUCGUCGACGAGAUCCACGAGCGCGACGUCAACUCGGACUUCAUCAUGGUGGUGCUCAGAGACAUGAUCCACAUUUACCCCGAGCUCAGGAUCAUCCUCAUGUCGGCUACGAUCGACACGACGCUGUUCAGCGAGUACUUCAACAACUGCCCGGUGGUGGAGAUUCCCGGCAGGGCGUUUCCCGUCCAACAGUACUUCCUGGAGGACUGUAUACAGCUGACAAAUUUCAUUCCCCCGGCGGGCAACUGGAAGCGCAAGUCCAAGGACUCGGCGGACGAUCUGCCGUUGGCGGAUGGAGAACCGGAGGAGAAUCUGAACGAGGUCAUUGGCAACAAUUACUCCAUUGCGACAAAGAACGCCAUGGCGCAGAUGACGGAAAAGGAGAUAAGCUUCGAGUUGAUAGAGGCGCUGCUUAUGUACGUAAAAAAGCAGGAGAUCCCGGGUGCCGUGCUCAUCUUCCUCCCCGGCUGGAACAUGAUAUUCGCGUUGAUGAAGCACCUUCAGCAGCACGCCGUCUUUGGCGGGUCGUCCUACCUCAUCAUUCCGCUGCACUCGCAAUUACCUAGAGAAGAUCAGCGUAAGGUCUUCGAUCCCGUGCCGACAUACGUAACGAAGAUCAUUUUGUCCACGAAUAUCGCAGAGACCUCGAUCACGAUCAACGAUGUCGUCUACGUUAUCGACUCUUGCAAGGCCAAAAUGAAGCUGUUCACUUCGCAUAACAAUAUGACCAAUUACGCGACUGUCUGGGCCAGCAAGACGAAUCUGGAGCAACGCAAGGGUAGAGCGGGCCGCGUCAAACCCGGCUUCUGUUUCCAUCUGUGCUCGAAGGCCCGAUUCAACAAGAUGGACGAGCACAUGACACCGGAGAUGUUCAGGACGCCUCUGCACGAGCUGGCGUUGAGCAUCAAACUGCUGCGACUGGGCAACAUCGGCCAAUUCCUGUCUAAGGCGAUCGAGCCGCCGCCCAUCGACGCUGUGAUCGAGGCGGAGGUCGUCCUAAGAGAAAUGAAGUGCUUGGAUAAGAACGACGAGUUGACGCCUCUCGGCAAGAUCCUGGCGCGUCUGCCCAUAGAACCGAGGCUGGGGAAAAUGAUGAUCCUGGGAUGCAUGUUCCGCGUAGGCGACGCGCUCUCGACAAUGGCCGCGAACAGCACGACUUUCCCCGAGGUGUACAACAUGGGCCCGGACAUGCGGAGGCUGACCACUCAGCAAAAGUGGUUCGCCGGCGCGCGGUACAGCGACCACGUCGCGAUGUUCCACGCUUUUCAAGCGUGGGAGGAGGCGAGAAGCGGCGGCGAGUGGGCGGAACAGGCGUUCUGCGACUCCAAGAGCCUGAGCCUGCCGACCUUGCGGAUCACCUGGGAAGCUAAGAAUCAACUGCAGUCGCUGCUGCAGAGCGCCGGCUUCCCUGAGGAGACUCUAUGCCCGAUUCCGUUGAAUUAUCAGGCGGGCGCGGACCCGCGCCUCGACACCAUCACUGCGCUGCUGUGCAUGGGCCUGUACCCCAACGUGUGCUACCACAAGGAGAAGCGGAAGGUUCUCACUACGGAGUCGAAGGCCGCGCUGAUUCACAAGACGUCGGUGAAUUGCAGCAACUUGGAGCAAAACUUCCCGUUCCCGUUCUUCGUGUUCGGUGAAAAGAUUCGCACGAAAGCCGUGUCCUGCAAGCAAAUGACCAUGGUGUCGCCUAUACACCUGCUGCUGUUUGGAUCGCGCAAGGUGGAGUACGUGGACGGGGUGAUUAGGCUGGACAACUGGAUUAACUUGGACAUUAAUCCGCAACACGCGGCGGCCAUAGUCGCUCUGCGACCCGCCCUGGAGAGUCUCGUAGUUCGGGCGUCCAAGGAUCCAGAAGCGAUCCUAGAGUUGAAUCCAACCGAGGAGAAGGUGAUGAACGUGAUCAAGGCGUUGUGCAGCAUGAACGCUUGCCGCCACGAGCUCGAGCAGGUGACCAGCGGCGGCUUCCAAACCGCCCGGAGGUGGAGCAACUUUCGUCCGAGCUACAACACACCCCCGAAAAUGAUGCGCGGCAGCGGCGGUUACCGCGGCCCGGUCUCGAGCGAGUCCGGCGGUUUCAGCGGCGGCGGUGGCGGCGGGUACAGGGGGGGCUACAACAGGGGAUACGGCGUUGGUCCACGCGGCCGAGGCGGAAACUGGAACGGCGGCGGUGGCGGAUUUCGCGGGCGUUACUAAUUGAUUUUACUAAGUACUGUAAUUACCGUGAACACUGUAUUGCCGUAUCCUAGAUUGUACGGACCGGUACAGCGAUACAGUAAUUACAGUUGGCGUAUACAUUAUAAUCUAGUAUAGCAAUGAUAUUAAGCAAGUAACGUGCAAUGUUACAAUGUCUCGUUGAUGUAAAUUUGUUUUCUUUUUCUCUCUCGUAACGCUUAUGCGACGUAUACUGCGAGAGUACUUUUCCUCGUCUCUCUUUCGUUACGUAGGAGGUUUUUUAAAUCGAUGUAAACUGUGCGAUGACAAAAUAAACUGCAGUUGCGCUCAUCGCGCGUUUGGACCGAA